GGAUCGGAGAGCGCAGGUUCUAAUGCUCUUUUCUUGUCGUUCCAUAGAUCUCACGUUUAACAGUUUACAAUGAAAGUGGUACUUAGGAGACAGACCAAAAAAAUGAGCCUAAUGGACAUAACUAAAAUUUUCUCCAUGCUCCAGCCCAGAGAAGAUGAAGACGAUAGUGGAGAAAGCCAGGAGCUGAACCAAGCGGUAUCUGAGGAUGACUAUCAAACUCUUGAUAAACUCUUGCGCCAAGACAGAUACAAAAAAUUUAUCAACAGCAGAAGUGGCUGGGGCGUACCCAGCACUCCCCUCCGCCUCGCUGCAUCCAAGGGCCACGUAAGGAGUUUAGAGGUCCUCUUGGCCCACGGAGCGGACGUGGACAGCCUGGAUGUGAAAGCGCAAACGCCGCUGUUCACCGCCGUGAGCAACGGUCACCUGGAGUGUGUUAAAGCGCUCCUCGAUGCGGGGGCCUGUCCUUCUGGCAGCAUCUACAACAACUGCUCUCCACUGCUCACCGCUGCUCGAGAUGGAGACGUCGGCAUCCUGCAAGAGCUCCUGCACCACGGUGCGGACACCAACGUCAAGGCGCGGGUGCCCGAGUGGGCUGCCAAUUCUGCAGCUUGCUCGGGCCCGCUGUACCUCGCGGCGGUUUACGGGCAUCUGGAGUGCUUCAGGAUGCUACUGCUUUACGGAGCCGACCCCAAUUAUAACUGCACGGACGAGAAGAUGAUCGCGCGGAUCAAGCAGCCCAAGACUCUGCUCGAAAUCUGCCUGAGACACGGCUGCAGGAGCGAAUUCAUCAAACUGCUCAUUGACUUUGGAGCCAAUGUGUAUCUGCCAAAUGUCACGGGAGACAAGCUCGCGCCCAGCAGCGAGGGCCUGGAGCUGCUGCUGAGGGAGAGAGCUCAUCCCAAAUCCCUGAUGUCUCAGUCCCGGCUGGCGGUGAGGAGCCUUCUGAAGCUGGCCGGCCACGCGCAGGCCGUCGGCGAGCUGGAGAUCCCACCCGUCCUGCGGAGCUACCUCAGGCACCAGCCCUAGGGGAAGCCCCCGCCGCAGCUUGAGCGCCCACGCAGCCAUGUCGGGCGCCCGCAUUAAAAGCUGCUCUGAAGUCACAGUUGCACAGCACAACACAGCCCUGAUUUGAUCAGCGGUUGCAAAGCGGUUGUGGCUUAAGACGUGUCUCCAAAAGGGGCUGCCUGUGUGAAAAGGAAGCAGAGGACAGGAGGGUGAAAGCAAAUGGGAGAGACCUCGGCUCCUGCUCUGCACCAGAAGUGUUGGCAUGAUGGUAGGACAGGAUCUGAUUUAAUUAGUGUUUGGUUGUAAGUCCUCUUCACUGAAGAACUUUGCACCUUUAGUAGUUAUUAAUCGGUUGGAGAAGGGACUGGGAAAAGGCUCGACGGCCAAAGCCUGAGGAGGAAAGCCUGGUUUUACCUCCUCCCUUCUUGGGGAAAAGCAGAGAGGAAGGAGGUAAAACUGGCUGUCACACCUGCAGGAUUUUCCCUGCGGCGUGGCCUUAGCCGCAUGUAAGGCCCAUUUUGGGAAGGCUUUGGAAGUGCUUCCUCUGGUUUUGAGCCCAGUGAGCGGAGCCUGCCGCCAGACCGGGCUGGUUUGCUGGUGGACAGCGGAGGAGAAGCGUGCGCUGUUGAGAGCUCGCCUCUUGCGAACCCUCACGCUGGUGGCGGGUUUCCUUCCCGGUGGCCUAUACUACCUCUGGAGCCUCCUCGGCUGACAAAAAGGAGGUUGUCUUUGGCUGUAUUUUUUUAAACAUCAUUUUCUUCCACUCACAUGUAUUUUUAGUUGUUGCGAAGGGAUAAGGGUCCUUUCUCAGCUGUGUGCCUCUGAUCAUGCAGGGUUUUUCUUAAGUGUAUGCUACUCUUCUUAUUAAACUGUUGUGACCUGUUUGGUAAAA